CACCCCCAUCGGUUCCGGCCGUGUGCGCCUGACAGUUUGUUCAUUUCGUAGGGAGGAAUACGUGGAGUAGCUACAAGUUGGCCACACGGAAGAGCCAUUUUUAGAGGUCAACAGAUUCCAUAAAGAUAAGGGCAGGGAAGAUUGAGGAUGAGAGUGGCAUACAGGAAGAUUUGAAGCACAACACCUCGUUACCUGCUGGUUCAUUAAGGCCAGCUUCUUCAGGUCAGAGCACUAUGGUUGGUCUUGAUGAUGCCAUGGCGGAGAUCAUGGGUCAUCUAUUCAGCAAUUCAUCAAAACUUGAAGUUGUGUCAAUUGUCGGCAUGGGUGGCAUCGGUAAGACUACACUCGCUCACAAAGUUUACACUGAUAAAAAUAUUGAGUAUCACUUUGACAUUUGUGCUUGGUCCACUGUCUCUCCAAAAUAUAAUGAGCGAGAAAUCCUACUUGGCCUCUUAGAUUCCAUGAAAAUACAAAUUGACGGGAGGAGUGAAAAGGAUAUUGAUCAAUUGGGAGGACUUCUGUACAAGAAGCUAAAGGAUAGGCGGUAUAUUUUUGUAAUGGAUGAUGUGUGGGAUAUCGAGGCCUGGGACAGUGUGAAAAGAUAUUUUCCAGAUGACAAAAAUGGAAGUCGAAUUCUUUUGACUACUAGGCUCGAGAAUGUGGCUAAUUAUAUCAACUCUGGUUCUCGUCUGCAUCAUGUGCAUUUUCUGAACAGCAAAGAAAGUUGGAAGUUAUUUUGUCAGAAGGUGUUUGGAAUAGGUUUUUUCCCUCUUGAAUUGGAAGAAAUCGGCAAGAAGAUUGCCCAAAAUUGUCGAGGACUUCCACUUGCAGUUGCUGUGAUUGGGGGCCUCCUAUCAAAGGCCAAUAAAACACCACAUUAUUGGAGACAAAUUGCUGAAAAUUUAAGUUCAGAAAUAACUUCAAAUGAUGAGCAAUGCUCUAAGAUUCUUUCUUUAAGUUACAAAAAUUUGCCUUAUCAUUUGAAAGGGUGUUUCCUAUAUAUGGGAAUUUUUCCAGAAGAUUCUGAAAUCAAAGUCAAGGUACUUAUCAAGUUGUGGGUUGUAGAGGGAAUCCUCAAACCAGCAUGCUCUAAAACGUUGGAAGACGUAGGAGAGGAGUACUUUUUGGAUCUUGUUCAAAGAAGUCUUAUUUUGGUUCAAAAGAAAGGGUCCAGUGGAAAAUUUAAAACAUGUGGAAUUCAUGAUCUGUUACGGGACCUUUGUGUAAGAGAAGCUGAAAAGGAGAAGUUUUUCCAUGUCAUUGAAGGGAGUCUUUAUGGUAUUCGAGGAAACACUAGUAUGCGCCGUGUAAGUAUUCAUGAUAAGAAGACUUCUCUAUCAUCUUUUUAUUUUUACCAUGCAGCUAAAAGGACAAUCCAGGGUGAUGACAAAACACUAUCUUCUUUAGUGGUGCAGUCUCAUUCUUCAUAUAGAGAAUAUUCUUUCGAUUCUUCAUCUAGGUCACUUAAAGUAUUGCACAUGGAGGGAUUUGAUGUUUUGAGUCAUGGAAUUGAAGAAUUGGUUAACAUGAGAUACUUCUAUUACAGCUUUAGCGACCGAAAUGCAUUAAUAUAUAAACUUCGGAAUCUACAAAAAAUAGUUUUACCAACUCAUUGGGGGUACAAAAUGAAAAACCCACUAGAAAUAUGGAAGAUGCCACAACUAAGACAUGUCAAGUUGGAAGAUGAUGUACAUCUUCCUGAUCCUCCUUGUUCAGAAAUUAAGGGGGAAGAAAAUUCUAUUGUUGUUCUAGAAAACCUACAAACACUCUCAAGGAUACGUAAUUUUAGCUGGACAGAGGAGGUCCUGGAAAGAAUUCCAAAUCUACGGAAACUAGCUAUCAUUUAUGGUAAUACGAGGGUGGCUGGUUGGGAAAAAUACUACUAUAUCAAUAAUCUUGUCCAUCUAUCUAAACUUGAAUCAUUAAACUGUUCUAUUGAAUAUACGCUCCCCAAUUUCUUAGACAAUAUCACUUUUCCUAUAUCACUCAGAAAGUUGACUUUAAAAGGCAUCAAACUUCAUCCCUCCAAAUUGCUGAUUCUUGGUUCGAUGCCAAAUCUUGAAGUGCUGAAAUUGAGAUGGAGUACCUUCCUUUGUCUAGAGUGGGAACCGAAUGAAGGAGAGUUUCUUAAAUUGAAAUUUCUACUAUUACACGACGUUGAAGUGGAGCACUGGAUAGCUGAUAGUAUCCACUUUCCGAGUCUUGAGCACCUAAAAAUUUUUGAUUGCGGACUGCUGGAUGAGAUCCCUAGUGGUUUUGGAGAAAUUUCAACUCUUCAAUCCAUUGAGUUGUAUGAAUGUGGUGAUUCAAUUGUAGAAUCAGCAAAGAAAAUAGAAGAGGUACAAUUGGGUUGGGGGAACGAUGCCUUCAAGUUAAUAUAUUGAGAAGUACAAAAUGUGCCGAGUUUCAAAGUUGUCCAUUCCAAUCAUUGGUACCAUUUUCUUUCGUGAACCUUUCCAUUUUUCAUUUUUCGCUUUCUUGUCUUUAUCUACAUUCAUACAUCCUCUCCUCUGAAUUUGAUACAGUCUGUAGUUCGAGAUAUGAGAGCUCGGUUUGAACCAACUUCAAUGCAGAUGCUGUGCAUUAAGCGUGCAAUUAAGUUUCUCUAAAGUUUGUAUUCUACAACCAUGAUUUCAUUUAAUGUCCUUGUUUGUCUAUGUUGUUUCUUCUACUUUCCUCUCUCUUUAUUUGUGGCAUUCACAUGAUCUUAUUAAUUUAAAAAAUCAUGAUUCAUGUAUGAUUGUUCUUGCCAUUCUAGAGAUUUACAUUUUGUGUGCAGUACUAUUGUUGAUAAAUAAUUAGGAAUUACUUUAUUGAUUACAGUAUCACAAUACUCAAAUUUUGCUUACAAUUGUGGUGUAUUUCAGAUAAUAAUUUGACGACUAAAUUGUUGAUUAUUUCAAAUAAUAUUUUGAUGAUUGAACUAUGGAGCACAGAGAUGGUACAAGUUAAAAUUUUGUUUGGAUAAUGACUGAACUUAAAUUUGGACACAGACUAAAUGUAAUAAAUAGUGAAAAAAGGAUCCUAUUCCAUCAAUAUAUAAAUUUUGGAAUCUACAAACAAUAGCUUGUCUGAGGGAUUGUUGGUACGACAAGGAACUACCACCAGAAGUAUGGAAGAUGCCACAAUUAUGACAUGUCAAGUUGGGUGGUGAUGUAUAUCUUCCUGAUCCUCCUAUUUCGGAAAUUAAGGAGAAAGAAAAUACUACUGUUGUUCUAGGAAAUCUAUGAACCCUCUUGAGGAUAUAUAAUUUUAGGUUGAUGGAGGAAGUCCUUGAAAGAAUCCCAAAUCUAAAAUUGGGCAGCCAUUAUGAUUCUACUGAGGUGGCCAAUUGGGAAAGAUACUGUAUUAAUAAUCUUGUGCGUCUAACCAAACUACUUGAAUCAUUAAAAUGUUGGCUUACAUAUACGUACCCCUAUUUCCAAGUGCAUAUCACUUUUCCGACGUCACUCAAAAUGUUGACUUUAGACGACAAGGAAUUUCAUUCCAAAGAUUAUCUCAAACUUCAUCCCAAAAAAUUGAUGAUUCCUAGUACAUUGCCCAAUCUGGAGGUGCUGAAAUUGAAACACUGUGCCUUCAAUGAACUAGAGUGGGAACCAAAUGAAGAAGAGUUUCCCAAGUUGAAAUUUCUACUGUUACGCGAAGUUAGUCUGAAGCGAUGGAGAGCUGACUAUAUCCACUACCUGAGACUCGAGUGCCUAGUCAUUUCGAUUGGGGCUUGUAGAGAGCUGGAUGAGAUCCCUAGUGGUUUUGGGGAAAUGUCAACUCUUCAAUCCAUUUAGUUGAUUUGACUUCGUGUUUUUGGGAAAAUUUCAACCCUUGGUGAUUCAAUUGUAAGAUCAGCAAAGAAAAUAGAAGAGGAACAAUUGAUUUGGGGAAACGAUGCCUUCAAGUUAUAUAUUAAGGAAUAAUAAAUGUGCAGAGAUUUAAAGUUGUCCAUUCCAAUCAUUUACAGUCUACAGAUCGAGAUGUGGGAGCUCAGUUUAAACCAACUUCAAUGCAGUUAACUUUUUCUAAAGUCUGUACUGUACAACUAUGAUUUCAUUUAGUGUCCUUGUUUGGACCUGGCUGUAACCCCUUGAUUCGCCCUUAUUUUGAUACAGUUCUAUAUAUACCAACCUUAUAAUGAACCAAAUUGUCCACGAAGGUGCGACCUGUCACAAAAUUAUGAACUUGCCCCCCUAGAACAUGGAGGAGGGAACCAUGGUCAAAAUUUGACAAUCGAUAAUAUUACAUAAAUUCGUUAAGUUCUUGCUUUCUAGCUUCUCUUUCAACCUUGCCUCGAGGUACAAGUGUAUACCAAUUACCUUUUUUCAUUACACUAUCCCUCAUCACU